AAGACAGUAACGACGGCCGGAAGUCGGAUCUUCUUCCGGGUGAAGCGUAGGACGAGCCGCGCAGUGGGCUUCGGCGUACCUUCUCUGCGUUCGGCGGUUUCGGCGUCUACGGAGGUUUCCUUUUUUUGCGGGUGAACCCGAAGUAUCAGAGGACCGUUGCCAUGGCGAUGCAAGCGGCGAAACGUGCGAAUAUCCGUCUGCCACCUGAAGUGAACCGAAUUUUGUAUAUCAGAAAUUUACCAUAUAAAAUCACAGCUGAAGAAAUGUAUGACAUUUUUGGAAAAUAUGGACCUAUUCGACAAAUCAGAGUAGGAAAUACUCCUGAGACGAGGGGAACAGCCUAUGUAGUCUAUGAAGAUAUCUUUGAUGCCAAAAAUGCUUGUGAUCAUCUGUCAGGAUUCAAUGUGUGCAACAGAUACCUUGUCGUUUUGUACUACAAUGCAAACAGGGCAUUCCAAAAAAUGGAUACAAAGAAGAAAGAAGAACAGCUCAAGCUUCUGAAGGAGAAAUAUGGAAUAAACACAGACCCACCAAAAUAAAACUUUUCCUAAAGAACUGGUUGUUUUGGGUUUUUUUAGAAACAUCAGUGUUUCUGGGCCAAAUGUCACCCCCAAUUAUGGACACCUGGUAUAUGAAGAUUUGGUAAUUUUAGUUCUUUGAUUACAUAACCAUCUUGAUUAUUCUCACCUUUGGAAGAUUGCUUGCUGCUGUAUAUAAUGAUAGGCACUUGGAUAUUGAAAUUAGCUAUGGCUUUGGAAUAACGUUAAUUUCCACGAUUGAGAGACCAUUGAUAUCACUUUUUUAGCCAUUACAGUGAG